GCCGCCGAUGAACCUUCGCAAGCCAUCCUGCCGCGAAAACGAAACAAGAAGAUCCCCAAUGAACUCUAAAUAAAAUUACACAUACCGUAGCCUACAUCUUGAAGGCGAACUCGGUUGGGGUUUCCAGGCUUAAGUGUACCGCUGACCCAUGCGAACGUCCAUAGGGUGAGCCCGAACUUUCUCCAAUUGAUCAAGGAACACCAGAAACAGCUCAACGACGAGCAUACACAGUCGUUUACUCGCUGUAAAGCCAGCAUAUAUCCCCGCAAACAUGCAAUUCUUUGCUGUAUUGCUGGCUCUGCCACUCGCUUCGGCUCUCAGCCUUCCUCCGUUCUUCGCGGGCCUCCUCGAGGGGACGUCCCUCUCUGCAUUGGACGUUCUUCAGUCUGGUCUUUGUCCAGGGCCUACCUGUACACUUCCAGCACAUGCUCAUGCUCCAGAAAUUCACGUUGCUCUUCAUGAAAUCAGCACCAAAUAUCAGCAUGGGGUGUUUGAGAGUGACAUGGACGCUGUGACUAGAGAAGAAGAGAAUGUACAGCAACAAAUCGUGCAACGAGCUGCGGAGCUGUCGAAAAGACAAGCUGCAGCACCGAACAAUGGAACUGAUGCCGGUACUGGCGUUUCGAUCACUACUACGACGAGUACUAGUGCUGCAAGCUCUGCUGCGCCGUCCUCUGCUUCCUUGACAGACGUCUCCACUACAUCCUCCACCUCCACCUCCACCUCCACCUCCACCACCCCCUCAUCAUCCGACUCUACCUCAGUUACUUCAACCAGGACUUCUGUUGAGGUAGUAGCUUCUUCUACCGCCUCGUCCACAGCAGAUGCAUCCUCCAGCUCCAGCUCCUCCGCGGUGUUCUCUACCCGCACCUCCACCAUCUCAGCUGCCUCUGGGUCCAUCACCGGCUCUGUACGCAGCACUACCUAUACCUCCUCCGAGGUUGUCGAUACCACCGACGCUCAAGGACGUCAAACUCGCACCACUGUCAUUGUGGUGGUAGCCGAAGCGACGGACGCUUCGGAGGCCGCAUCUUCAAGUGCCGCUGGCACUUCUGCUCCGCAAUUGCAGACAAUGUCGAGAGGAGGAAUGAAUAGCGUGGCAUACGUCGCUGUUCUUGCGAGUGUCAUGCUCGGUGCCGUGGCGUUGAUGUAAAAGGAAUCAGGUGUCUAUCCCAUUCUUCUUUUUUCUUCGUUCAUCUGGGUUUUCAGAUUGAAUUGGCAGGUUUAUGGACGUUCUCUCUCUUUUUAGCAUCGAUAUCCGGGACAUUUUCUCAGGAACAUUCUUUUGGGGCUUUAUUUUCGCAAUCAUAUACCUAUUUCGUUUCGCACCAUGGACAACAUUUGUAGUUCAAUCAACGGAUGCAUUGUCCUUUCUAUUGUCUGAAGUCCGUACGUUGUCUAAGCCUGCUCAACACGGUAUAAUAGUCCUUGAUUUCCUUGUUCUUGCCUUUCGUGUAAUGUCCAUCCUCUAGAGCAUCACCAAUCCAACGACAACAGCAGCAGCACCAACACCAUACCGCACAGCCAAUCUUUCCGCACCAGCCGUCCUCACAGCACCGUACGUUCCCGUCUCAGAUCCCAUUCCGAUACUUCCACUUGGCACAGACAGGACACUUCCAUCGAAACUAGAAAA